AUGAAUGGCGAGGGAAAAUCGGAGACUGGAGCUAGCGCCGUCGCACCUGAGGAGGAUGAAGAACUCGGCCAGAGAGCGGUGUACAUGUGGGGUUACUUACCCGGAGCCUCGCCGCAACGCUCUCCUCUAUUGUCUCCGGUCGUGGUGAAGAUUCCUCCGGCAGUCGAAAGCUCCUGGAAAGACGUUUCCGGCGGUGGGUGCGGUUUCGCAAUGGCUACUUCAGAAUCGGGGAAGCUAAUCACAUGGGGCUCGACAGAUGAUCUAGGUCAAAGCUAUGUGACUUCCGGGAAGCAUGGGGAAACUCCAGAGCCUUUUCCUCUUCCUCCGGAGGUCUCUGUGGAGAAAGCUGAGGCCGGCUGGGCUCACUGUGUGGCAGUAACAGAGAAUCACGAAGUUUAUACAUGGGGAUGGAGGGAAUGUAUACCUACAGGGAGAGUGUUUGGACAAGUAGAAGGAGAUUCAUGUGAAAGAAACAUUUCGUUCUCGACAGAGCAAGUGAGCCCUCGUUCUCAAGGGAAAAAAGCUAGCGGUGGAACGUCUUCUCAAAAUGAAGCUAGAGGCGGAGGAGAAACAACAAAGAAAAGGCGGAUUUCACAGGCAAAGCAAGCUGCUGAAAACUCAUCACAGUCCGAGAACAAUGACCUCUCGGCGUUGCCUUGCCUUGUAUCGUUGGCUCCAGAAGUUAGGAUUGUCAGUGUUGCUGCUGGUGGACGUCAUACUCUAGCACUAUCAGAUAUUGGACAGGUGUGGGGUUGGGGUUAUGGAGGAGAAGGACAGCUUGGAUUGGGCUCCCGUAUACGCCUAGUCUCCUCUCCUCAUCCUAUACCAUGCAUUGAGCCUUCUUCGUAUGGAAAAGGAAGCUCCAUGGCCGUUUCUGGUGUAAACGUGAGUUCAGAAGUACAAUGCGGCCGAGUUCUUGGAAGUUAUGUUAAAAAAAUUGCAUGUGGAGGGCGACACAGUGCUGUGAUCACAGAUACUGGAGCGCUCCUUACGUUUGGUUGGGGGCUUUAUGGACAGUGUGGGCAAGGGAGCACAGAUGAUGAACUAAGUGCAACAUGUGUAUCGUCGCUGUUGGGAAUCCGGAUAGAAGGAGUAGCUGCAGGUCUAUGGCACACAGUCUGCGUUUCAUCUGACGGUGAUGUGUAUUCCUUUGGUGGUAACCAAUUCGGCCAGUUAGGUACUGGCUGUGAUCAAGCUGAGACUCUUCCAAAACUAUUGGAGGCUCCAAACUUGGAAAACGUUAACGUUAAAACUAUCUCCUGCGGCGCUCGUCACACUGCUGUAAUUGCAGAUGAAGGGAAAGUAUUCUGCUGGGGAUGGAACAAAUACGGCCAGUUGGGUUUAGGAGAUGUGAUAGAUCGGAAUGCACCUUCAGAGGUGAGACUCAAAGAUUGCGUCCCCAAAAACAUCGCGUGUGAUUAUCAUAUGAUGGGAAUCAGCAAAACAGAAAUCAAUUUGCGGAGAUUGCUUUCCGCUGCACCUAAUCAGCAAAACCAGUCAAAGCUAAUGCAUUAUGUUGCUACUCUGAGGGAGCAAUUAGAACAACUCUCGGAAGAGAAGACCCCUGAAGGUCUUCCCAGAGUUACAAAGGCUACGGUGAAUGAGUACUAUGAGAAGAUUGAAGCUGUUGCUUCCAAAAUAGCUUCUCAAGUGCCUGACACAGAGGUAUCUGAUGAAGCUUUUGCUAAAGAUUCUUCUACCAGCGAAAGCUCUCCAAGAAUAGAAGACGAUCCACGUAGCCCUACUUCUCCACAGCUGAGAAGAAGAAUAGUGUCAACAAGCUCCAAGGAGCAAAGUUAUGCUGCUGCUGUUGAUGCUGAUCCAUCAAAACCAGUAAAGCUAGACGCUGCAGCGCAAACCCUCAUUGAGAAGAACAGACACCUUCAAGAUGACCUUACCGAUGAAAUGGUGACACUUGCGAGACAACUCAAGGAGAGAAGUCUAUUGAUAAACCAAUCUGUGCAAAACACAGACAAGCUACUCGACUCUACGGAGGAGGCCAUAGAGCAGAGCUUAGCGGGGACGGGACACGCAAACGUUAGGGCCUCAAAGAUAUACUCACAAAGUUCAAAGACGAGUUGUUUCCAGUGGCUCUUGAUCUUGGUCAUGACCUUUAUCUUCAUUAUGGUUGUCCUCUUGAUCCGAGUCACAUAG